AUGGCGACUUCGUCUCACCCCAUCCCGUCCUCCGCUCGCCGGUCGAUCCACAUCCGAGCCUCGGCUUCUGGUUCGGGUGAUCAGCUGGCCAGGUCUGAUUCGGGAGGCUUCGUUGUAGGAACACGGGCGUAUUAUCACUCGUCAUCGUUUAAUGACGGUGGGAAUAACGCCCGGUUGCAACGGGUGGCGCGUGUGGUGGGCGUGGUUGUCGUUUUCCUCGCCCUGAUCGCCACUGCGCAACAGAUUCUCCUCUACCUCUCGCCGCCCGAUGCAGACGUGGCACAACCCGACAACCAUCGGAACGAUCGGCCUGAGAAGCUCGUUACAAUUGGACAAGGUGAAGCAGCAGAUGGAGCAUCAGUAUUUGAUGCUGCCGCAGCUAUUGGGACACCAUGGGGUGCUGGCGCUUCUGCUGCCACUGCUGCUGCUGAUGCGAGUGGUGCAGCUGCCACGUCAUCUAGCCCACGUGGCACCGUGUGGCACAGAGGAGCGCCGUGGCAAGGCCACGUGGGAUCAUGGUUGAAGAGCCUGCCGCCCAGUGCUUUGGCUGUCACUGUUCAUGAGCCUGCCUUUGGUCGCACGUGCCCUGGGGACUGCAGCGGCAAUGGCGUGUGCAAUGCGGAGUUUGGGGAGUGCAGAUGCCGCCACGGGUACACCGGCCCGGACUGCUCUCAAACGGAGGACUACCCGUGCAACCUGCCAGCAACCCCUGAGAACCCCCUAGGGCCUUGGAUCGUGUCUAUCUGUGCAGCCCACUGUGACCUGCGCCGCGCCCAGUGCCGAUGUGGGCCCAACACCAGCUACCCUGACCGCCCUGUUGUCGCGCCUUGCGGUUUCCCCAAGGCCCCUGAUGGCUUAAUUCUCUACCACAAACCGGACGUUACCCCCUUAUACGGGCCCCAAACCACUGCCACCACCACCACCAGCAACGACGGCAGCAGUGACGGCAGCAGCAGCAGUGACAGCACCAGCAGCAGUGACAGCACCAGCAGCAGUGGCAGCACCAGCAGCAGUGGCAGCACCGGCAGCAGUGACAGCAGCGGCAGCAGUGGAAGCACCAGCAGCAGUGACAGCACCAGCAGCAGUGGCGGCACCAGCAGCAGCGGCAGCGAUGCUGCCAGUGAUAGGCGUGUGGCAUGGUGUGAAGCGCACCCCAGCCAGAUAGCAGCGGCGGAGUGUUUUUGCAACUAUGACGGGCAGAUAGGGCGGCUGUGCGAGGCCACAGUAGAGAGCUUCUGCAUCAACCAGUGCUCACGUGCUGGCACCUGCACCAUGGGGUACUGCGCGUGCGAGGGCGACCGUUACGGAAUUGACUGCAGCAUUCCCUCAGUGCGUUCGCCCCCCGACCUCUAUCCCCCCGAGUGGCUGCGCAUACCCCUGCCCCACCAACCAGACCCCGAUUCUUCCUCCGAUUACCCUGAUCAGAACCCUGGUUCUGCCCCUGAUUCCUUUGGCUCAUCUAUUGUGUUUGAGGCAAGCGGUCUCAACAGCAGCAGCAGCAGCAGCAACAGCAACAACAGCCGUAUUGAAGGUGCAGCAGCAGCAGCAGCUCCUGCAGCAGCAGCAGGAGGAGGAGGAGGAGGAGUAGUAGGAGGAGCAGCAGAAGCGGAGAGCACACGUGUGGCAGAGAUAGGGACCAUGGUGAACCGGACCCGACCCCUCAUCUAUGUAUAUGACCUGCCUCCAGAGUUCACCUUUCACAAUCUAGAGGCGCGGCAGUGGAAGAGUUACUGUGGGCCACGUGCAUACAGCCAUGAGAACGACACACUGUUCAAUGACGGAUGGCUCUAUGGACUUGAGACAGCGGUGUUUGAGGGGUUUCUAGGCAGCCCCCACCGCACGUUGGACGGGGACAGUGCGGAUUUCUUCUACGUGCCCCUCCUGGGCGCCUGCAUCAUUGCCCGCUCUGACGACUCGCCACGAUUCCGCAUGGAGGGUCAGUUCAAGGCCCGGCGGCCGAACCUAGUAGCAGACUUCUACCUCCGUGCCCUCGCCCAUAUCCGCACCCACCACCCCUUCUGGGACCGGCACGGAGGCAAGGACCACAUAUGGAUGUUCGCGUGGGAUGAAGGCGCGUGCUACGCUCCUCAAGCCAUCUGGAGCAGCAUUAUGCUGGCACACUGGGGGAAUACAGGGACCACGCACAAGGGGUGUACGACCGCAUAUUACCAUGAUGAUUGGAGUGUAAUGGAGGAGAGUGUGCGGGGGGACCAUCCGUGCUUUGAUCCAGAGAAGGAUGUGGUGAUGCCUGCGUGGAAGGUUCCUGGUGUGUGGGCGCGGGCACAGAAGAUCAAAUCUCCCACAUUGGAGACCCGCCCCAUGCUCUUCUACUUCAACGGGAACCUCGGCAGUGCGUUCGAGCGCGGCCGCGUGGAGCCCAAGUACAGCAUGGGCAUUCGGCAGAAGGUGGCAGAGGAAUUCGCGUCGUCUCCCAACAAGGAGGGCCAGCUGGGGCGGCAGCACCAGGAGGACGUGGUGGUUACCAACAGAGCCACUGGCGAGUAUGGCAAGCAGCUCGCCGCAUCUCGUUUCUGCGGAGUGUUCCCAGGGGACGGCUUCAGUGCGCGCAUGGAGGAUGCGAUGCUGCACGGGUGCAUCCCCGUCAUCGUGCAGGACGGUGUGUGGAUGGCGUUUGAGAGGCACCUCAACUACUCCAAGUUUGCUGUGCGCGUGGCGGAGGAUGAUAUCCCCCACCUGGUGGACAUUCUAAGGGCCAUCCCCCCUAACCGCGUGCAGGAGCUUCUGUCAGGAGUGGAGUCAGUGUGGCAGCGCUGGGCGUAUGCGAGUGUGGCAAGGAUGGAAGGCAGGAGGCAGGCACACGGGGGAAGGCCGCAGCUGUGGAUGCCUGCAAUGGAGGACCUGCGGGGGGACGAUGCUAUCGCUACGCUUCUACAGGUAUGGCAGAAGGGGAAAGAAGGAAGGGGGAACACAGGGGGGAGGGGGUACACAGGGGGAGGCUGCAGGUAUGGAUGCCUGCAGUGGAGGGGAUGCGGGGGGACGUUGCCAUUGCCACGCUUCUACAGGUAUGGGGGAUGGGCGAUGGGCAGAGGUGAGGGAAAGGGAGAGAGUGAUAUUGGGGGUUGGGGGCGCACAGGGAGGGGAAGGGAGGGAGCAGCUGUGGAUGCCUGCAAUGGAGGGCAUGUAGGGGGGACGAUGCCUUGGCUAUGCUUGUACAGGUGCGGGAAGGGGAGGGGCAAAGGGCAGAGGUGGGCAACAGGUGCUACAACCUCUGGAGAUAUCAGUUCAGGCGGCGAGCUGUAUCCUUGA